CUGACUAUCAGUGUUCCCUGAUGAUCAGUGUGGCCCCAGAAGUGCCACCUGUCAGUGUCCAUCAGUGCCAGCUGUCAUUGCUGAACAGUGCCACGUGCCAGUGCCACAUAUCAGUGCCUACCAGUGCACAUCAAUGCCACAUAUCAGUGCCCAUCUGAGCUGCCCUUCAGUGUCACCCAUCAGUGCCAGUCAGUGCCACCUAUCAGUGCUGAUCAGUGCAGUGCCUCCUCAGUGCCCAUCAGUGCCACCUAUCAGUGUCCAUCAGUGCAUCUGAUCAGUGAGCAUUUUUUUUUCUCUAAAUUUU